CCGUUUGUAUCCUGGAGGGCUAUAUCCACGUUGCCUGGCUCCUUCGUCGUUUGCGGGCUGGGCUGAGCAAGGCUGGGCUGGGCUGAACUAUACUCGCCUCUCUCCCCCUUGCGUACUCGCAUCUCCAGCUUUUCAGCACUGGUUGGGCGGGUGUUGCGUCUUCUUGCCUCUGCGCCUCCGGCUCCCGGUGGGGCGCGAGGGGAAACCAGGUCAUCAACGCCGAGACAGAAAAACCGGCUUGGGAAGUGGGACUGAUUUAGGCGCUCCUGCUGGCCAUCAGGCUGGGAGGUCGAAAAGGAAACGGAGGAGUCUCUCCGGCACCUCACUUCACCCGUACGGGCACCUUAAUAACAAGCACCGAUUAGGGAAGAAAACAGGCCGGAGCAGCAGCAACGGCAGCCCUUGAUCCCGGCUGCGGAGUUGUUUUCGUAUGCAAGCAGUUCUUCUGCUUCAACUUUCUGAUCCAAUUUGCUUUCCAAUGAAUACCAUCACAUGAGUAGAAGGUGCCUAAGAAACAGCAUAUAAGAAAAGAAAAGAAUGUAUUAAGAGUUUAGUGCUCCAAUUUGAGCAUGUUGAGAAAACAAACAAGAAUAGACAAGACAGGAAAAAAUGCACAGAUUUGAACUGCUGUUGAAGUGGGACAAAAAUUCUUUGUGGAAGAGCAUGCCACAUGUAUUGGAAGGGCAUUCAACUGGUGACACUGGAGAAGGAGAAGAAUGAGAAUGACUACUUUCUUUUGACUCCCAGCAGCAUGUCAGGGUACAUACCCAGUUAUUUAGACAAGGAUGAGUUAUGUGUUGUUUGUGGUGACAAGGCGACUGGAUAUCACUAUCGUUGUAUUACUUGUGAAGGGUGCAAGGGUUUUUUCCGAAGAACAAUUCAAAAAAAUCUUCAUCCAACUUACUCCUGUAAAUAUGAAGGAAAAUGUGUGAUAGACAAAGUCACAAGAAACCAGUGCCAGGAAUGUCGCUUCAAGAAAUGCAUCUAUGUUGGCAUGGCAACAGAUUUGGUGUUGGAUGACAGCAAACGGCUAGCAAAAAGAAAACUCAUUGAGGAAAAUCGGGAGAAAAGACGCCGAGAAGAAUUACAAAAAACAAUAGGAGUGAAACCGGAACCAACUGAUGAAGAAUGGGAGCUUAUUAAAAUUGUUACAGAAGCACAUGUGGCUACAAAUGCACAAGGAAGUCACUGGAAACAGAAAAGGAAAUUUUUGCCAGAGGAUAUUGGACAAGCACCAAUAGUAAAUGCCCCAGAAGGUGGGAAAGUAGAUUUAGAAGCUUUCAGCCAGUUUACAAAAAUUAUCACACCAGCAAUCACAAGAGUGGUGGAUUUUGCCAAAAAGUUGCCUAUGUUCUGUGAGCUGCCAUGUGAAGAUCAAAUUAUACUUCUGAAAGGUUGUUGUAUGGAGAUCAUGUCCCUCAGAGCAGCAGUGCGCUACGACCCAGAAAGUGAGACCUUAACACUAAAUGGAGAAAUGGCAGUAACAAGAGGCCAGUUGAAAAAUGGGGGUCUUGGUGUAGUAUCAGAUGCCAUUUUUGACUUGGGUAUGUCACUAUCAUCAUUCAACCUUGAUGACACGGAAGUUGCUCUUCUUCAGGCUGUACUGCUGAUGUCUUCAGAUCGCCCAGGUCUUGUCAGCAUUGAAAGAAUAGAAAAGUGUCAAGAAAGCUUCCUCUUGGCGUUUGAACAUUAUAUUAAUUACAGAAAGCACCAUAUUGCACACUUUUGGCCAAAACUGCUGAUGAAAGUGACAGACCUACGAAUGAUUGGAGCCUGCCAUGCUAGCCGCUUCCUGCACAUGAAGGUGGAAUGCCCCACAGAACUCUUUCCUCCUUUGUUCUUGGAAGUGUUUGAGGAUUAAAAAGACUGGAAAGAUUCUCAGAGAUUCUAUAGCACUACUGGGUGUCAUUUCAUUCCAUUGCCUAGUUUUUUCUUCUUACUUUUGGUCCAUUCCCAUUUUGUACCACCUCCUUUGGAGGAUUAUUUUUAAUAGGCAUGAAUGAAUGAAGAUAUCCCUUCAAUGCGGGUACUUGUCACAAUUGUGUUUUUUGUGUGUCCAUUACUCCUUUCGAUGUGAAUCCUUUGAGAGUUUAACCUCAAGAAUUUUAAGUUUAUUCACCAGCACUCAGGUGACCCAUGUUUAUAAUUGUUUGGAGAGAUAUGGGUAUAAAUAUAUAAAUAUAAAUAAAUUGAGGAAGCAAGAAAAUGGAUAGAUAAAUCCUGCCAUAUUUUAUACAGUAUUAACUCACUUUCUGGACAUGAGACUUCUGCUGAGGAAUUCAGAACAAUCUAGCAAGUGUUAAUCUUUUUUUUUUUUUUGUUUACAUUUAUACCCCGCCCUUCUCCGAAGACUCAGGGCGGCUUACAAUGUAUAAGGCAAUAGUCUCAUUCUAUUUGUAUAUUUUUUUUACAAAGUCAACUUAUUGCCCCCCCAACAAUCUGGGUCCUCAUUUUACCUACCUUAUAAAGGGUGGAAGGCUGAGUCAACCUUGGGCCGGGCUCGAACCUGCAGUAAUUGCAGGCUCUGUGUUCUAAUAACAGGCUUCUCUAUUGGCUGAGCUAUCCCGGCAAUCUUGCUGAAGAUCAAAUGCAAUCAGUUGCAGUUAUAUACAACUUGAAAUAUAACUCAGAUACAUUAAGUUCACUGCACUGUGGUCCCAGAUUGCAAAUUUAACUAUGCCUAAUUUCACCUCGCAAUGCUUAAGAAUAUAUAGUUUUAUCCAGGUAAAACUUCCCACCAUAAUCAUAAUUUCAUCAUCAUUUUCAGGUUGUUAUGAGUAUUUUAGAAAUUCAAUUGCAGGUAAUCCUCACUUAAUGGCUGCCCUGUUUAGCAAGUGUUCAAUUAUAGUGACACUGAAAAAGUAACUUUAUGAGUGAUCCUUGCACUUAUGACCAUUGCAGCAUCCCUACCAUUAUGUAAUUCACAUUUGAGUGCUUUACAAUGAACAUAGCAUUCCACAGUCAUAUGAUUACUAUUUGUGCAUUUCAAGCCAGCUUCCAUCAAGCAGCGUUAAUGAAAAAGCCAGCAUUAAAAUCACAAGUUGCAGUUGUGUAAUAUCUCACUUUAAUGACCAUUGGUGAUUUGCUUAGCAGCAUGAGUGACACCUUAAAUCCAACACAGUUGUGUGAUGCUUCAUUUAACCACCCUGCCGAUCCGAAUUGUGAUUGUUUGGUGAGGACUACCUUUGUAAAAAGCUCCAAAAUGCAGUCAGAGUCCUAUUUUUCCCCAGGUGAACAUAGCUUAUCAUUUCCUCUUAUUCAGUCCAAAAGCAAAAACAAUGCAGGAAGAAAUGAGUACAUUUAAAUUUUCCCCAGAGCCAAGGUCCCUGAUCUCGUUUCUUCUUAAUGGUAAUUUGGAUAAAUUAGAUUCAUAGUUGACUAUAUUUCUCCCGCUUGCCCAAAAUUAUUUUGAGUAGCAAGACAAGUUAUUCUGUGCCAUUGCCAUUUAUAUGUUUUUAAAUAUUCACAAGAUAAUGGCUUUAAGGGAUUCCCUGAUUCCUCCAGUUUGUCUCUUCUAGUGCAUGCAAUUCCUAAACCAUAAAAAUAUUUGCAAUGAAUUCUUCCCAAUUUAAUAUGAUACAUAAGAAAGGUUUUCUCUGUCUUUCCCUCCCCAACUCAACAAAAAUUAAUUCCAGCUGUCUGUAAAUAAACCUUUCCACUCUCUUCUGUAUGGUCAUAUAUCCUUUUUCUGCCUGUAUACUGUCACCCUUCCAGUGACUGUAAAUCAGUAACCUGAAUCCCAGGAUUUGUGAAUCUCCUUUUAUACAGCCAAGAGAUAUGGGCCUUUAACUUUUUGUGAACAAAGUGUCACAUGCUAUGACUGUGUUGGCAAAUCUAUGGAAUGCAUGCCGGAAGCGGCACAAAGAACCAUCCCGCGAAGGAUGCGUGGCCUCACUGGCUCCUCGUCUGUAUUCCUGUGCACACAAACGCCCCAGUGAACUGGCCUUUGUGCCAAAACCCAGAAGACCGGCAUUCAAUCACACAUGUGCGAGCCGGCACCCGAACAUCUGGGUUUACAUCAUGCACAUGUGCAAUGACCAGCUUUUUCGUUGGGCCUCCACCCAUGCUGGAAACCAUAAGCUCGGGUGCCGGCUCACGUAUGCGUGACAGAAUGCUUCUCUUCUGUGUUUUGGUGCUCCUGUGCAAAGGCCAGCAAGGCCACACAGUUCUGGCAGGAUGGUUUUGCGUGCCAUUUCUGGCAUGCAGGCCAGCACAUGGUGAUGUAAAAGAUUAGCGAUCACUGUCCUAUAACAUGGAAAUCUGUUUCAAGAAAAAAGAUUUGACAGAAUGUAAAUUGUUAGGAAUCCUCAAUUUUAUUCCAAAUGAAUAGCUGAAAUUCUAGAUUCCAAAUCAUUUUGUCCUCUUUAGUAAUGUUUGCACUCAGGUAGACUGUCACUGUGGACAACAUUUGAAUUAUAAUAUUGUUUUCAGCCAUGGUUAAUUCCAUUGACAACAGAAUCUUUUCAAUGUAUUGUAUUUAAGUUAUUUUCAAUGGCUUAUUUACAAUCUGCAAAUGGUAGUCCUUGUCAGUAAAUGUCAAAUCAUGCAGUAAGACUUUCAGUCUAUAUGAAUUGGAGAGAAAAAGUGCUUUUUAAUGGCAGGCUGAGUUCAGUGUUUUAGUUUUUACAAAACAAAUGUCAACAUUCCAGAUUGGUUUCUGUAAAACGUUAUUGGUUCUAUAGCAACCUAAAUCAAGAUGUAAGUGAGUUUUGUACAGGCCGUGGACUUUUGAACAGGCCGUGGCCUAUUCACAAUUGGGACAUGUGAGUGGUGGGCCAGUGCAUGUGUGCAGCCCAACUCAUGCGAAUGGCAGGUGCAAGCAGUCCCAGCCCCACACACGAGUGGUGGACACUGCCACUCACAGCCUCACUUGGACAAGUGGUGGAAACUAGCGCUUGCAGCUCCACAUGCGUGAGCUCCACAAAAAUGAAGCCAUGUGCAUGCAUGCGUACACCUGUCCCUCGCACCAUCCCCUCUUUCCUCCCUCCCCCAUACUGGAAAGGUUGGGGAGUGCUGUUUUCUGGGGCUUCAUGGGCAAAGGAUGAAUCAUGUUCCUUUGAUAAACUAGAUAUGCCUACAGAGUAGGCAUAUAAGGAUGUUGUCAUCGGAGAGAUUUUUAUAGACUAUGCAGUUUUUUAUCUUGUACAAAUUUCUCAUAAUGUAAACAUUUACAUAAUGUCAGAGUUGACUACUAGCUUGAGGUCUCUAAAACUGUCCAAAAAAAUAGUUGAAUCAACUUGCAUUUUUUUCCAAAAUGAUCACAUUUGCCUAGCCAAAAUAUCUGUGAAAAUUUUGGUAAUCAGCCCAUUUGUUAAGAAAAAAAUGAAAAUGUACCAUAUUAUAUGUUAUUUUCUCUUCAAUUCUACCUUCUCAGAAUUCAGAGUGUCCACAAGACUGGAUGUUUUCAUCAAAAUAAUGAUAGCAUUGCACUAUUGCGUUGCAAACUUCAGUUCUUUUCAUACAUGUGUGCUGUGUCAUGACAUGUGAACAUAAGAGGUGGAGCUAAUGGUGGAAUGCUGCUUUUAUCACAUGACCUCCUUCCUUUCGUUGCAACCUAGUUCCUUUUAGGUGCAUUGUGAGUUCAACUCCCAAAGUUACUAGUCAACAUGCCAGAAGAUCACCAAGUUGCAGAAGUAUAGAAGGGCCCUAGAGGGGAUUUUUCUCAUUUACUUAUGCCAAUUUUAUUUUUAAAUCGCCAUCUCUUUUUUACUUUGCUAUAGAAAAAGCAUGAUGUGCAUAUCUAUUAUUAACUUUAUAGGUAAGAUUAUAUCCUAGCUGCAAACAGAUACUGUUUCUAAAAUCUUUUAAAUAUUGCUAUUCAUCUUCCCUGUCCCAAAUAUAAAUAUUUAUAUUAAUGUUUACUUCCAUGUAAACAUGUCAAAGAUCAUAAUCUAAAAGACAAGGGGCAUCCAGUAAGGACUAGAGUACCUCACUUAACCUGUGAUUAAGUCCCCUGUGGAAAUGUUGAGAUUUUCUUCAAAGUAAAGUAAUAAAUAGUAUUUAGGGUUAUUUUCAGAAAAACUCCGAAGUUUUCCUUUGUUGAAGGGGACAAGGAAAGUAUCUUGGAUCCAACCUGAUAACGCCACAGCUUUUCAAUAAUCUAUUACUAUAAGAUGAGAAUAUCUUAUUUAUUUUGAUCAAUAAGGAAUUGCUCUAUUACUGUGGAACAGUUCCAUUCUAGAAAACUAUAAUAUGCUAUGUUUAAAACAUAUAACAAGUUAAGAUCACAAUCUAAUGAAUGCUAUGUUUUGUUUUGAUUUGCAUUAGCUCUUUAUGAUGUGAUAUUCUAAAGUUUAGCCCACAUUUAAACAUAAAUACAUGAAAUUGGCUCAUAUUUGGUUUUUAAUGUGCUUUGUGCUAUUCAGAGUGUAACAAUCCAUUUGGAUGACGAUCCCAGUGAUCAUUCACCAAAACUCAAGAGCCACAUUUUGAUUUCUAGAAGCUUAAUCUCUCAACAUCAAUGGAUAUCCCAACCCCAGGAUUCCAGUUGCUCUUCUUUUUUCAUGUGUAAGUGUGCUCAUAUUAUAAUGGUUUCUAUUUUUAGUCACACCAGAGAAACAUAUUAUUUUAAAUUAUUGGAAUCUGAUACCUUGGGUUUCUUUUUGACAAAGUGGUCCCAAUUCUGCAGGCACUGGUAUAAGAUUUUAAGAAACAUCUGGCAGCAUCUUCAGCUUUAGCUUUCAUAAUGAUUACUAGGAGUGGUAAAUUGUACACCCAUUUAUUCUCUGUUGGGAGGUGUUUUGACUGACUACAAAACGUCUGAAUUUUUGACUAUGCAGCUUUAAUUCUGAUUGUUUAUAAUGUUCCAUGCUGUUCAAGUUUGUUUUCUGCUGUAGGUAUAGUACCAAGUGGAGCAUUCUACAAAAUAUUAUUUCUCUUUUUAAAAAUAAUUAUUGUUUAAUUAUUGUUUAAUUUGCUUAAGCUGUCCUGCUCUAAAUAAUAGAUAUUUAAGCUGCUGUGGGUUUGAUAUUGCAAUUGAGUUCCAUAGUGUUUUUAAAUUGGGAGAGAGGAUAGUGAUGGACUCUACAGUGACUUAGCCAUUUUAAAACAACAGCACUGUGCCAAAAUAUAGGUGUCAGAAUCAGACACUGAACAUUUGUGAUUUAUCUUUGUGUUAAUAUGCUGCAGUGGAAUUAAAAAAGGCAAUGCAAAGUCAAAAGGAAAAUGGUUGAUUUGUGGAAGAAAAUCCACCCAUGCAGCUCUAUAGACCACAAGAUGACCACAUUGUUGUUAGUGAUGUACUUUGUGUUAUGUAAUCUUAAAAUGUAGGUAUCAUAUUGAUAUGCCACAUAAAUUGUCAGUAACAUCAUUCUUAAGAUUUUUAAAUCUUAAUGCUUUUCCGAUGGAGCCAAUAUUUUUUGUAGAUUUAGGCUUUUAUAAUCUCUAUCCUCUGCUGGAAAUUAGAAUCAAAACCUGUGAGAUUCAUUCAGUUCUUACUUUAUUAGAAAACAAGUGCAGUCCAUAGGAUUAAAAAAAAAAAGAUGAAUAAAAUGGGCAAGUCACUAUCAGCCAUUUGUGCCAGAACAAGUUUCUGCCUCAUUUUGAUAGUUAAGAAAAAUGUUGAUAAAGUUGUGCACUCAUUCAUGAUCUACUAAGAAAUUUUCUUUGCUUGCCUUUUUGCAGCUUUGAAAUAGCAAGACAUACAGGAGACAUUUUGCUACGUUCUCUUGUAAUUUCUGCUAAUAGUUUAAUUUAUCACAAAUUUCCUCAUAUAUUAGGUUGAUAUGACCCUUAUAUAAAGUUUUAUAGACAUGAUAUCCUAGAUAGGAGAGAUUUAUUUUCAUUAAAAAAAAACAAGGAAAACUAAUUUAAAAUAAAAUAGGCUUUCUUUUUAAAACAUACAAACAUAAAUAUAGAUUACUACAAUUUUAAAAAAGAUUUGGCCUUUCACUAAGUUUUUACUGUGUUGUAUAAGUGCUAUCAAAUGCAGAGUCUGCCUUGCUUCUGUGUAUUAAUCCUCAUUCAACUAUGUUGCCUUCAGAAGCAGUAUUGUGCAGGUAAAAAGCUGUUUGUGACUAUCUGUUUUGCACAGUUUAACUUUAUAAAGCUAAUUGUUAUUUAUGCACAAGACAAUCAAAUGUAAAUCUAUGUCCAUGUAGAUGGGAUUGAUGUAAAUUAUUGAGCACAAUGUAAAACAUUAAGACAUUUUUAUUUUGCAACUGAAAUUAUGAAAGUGAGAACUGAGAUCAUACCAUGGAUUGAAAAAAACAUUUAAUUUUUAAAUUAUUUUUUCCUUAUGUCAAUUAUUUUAGAAUUCCACAAAAUGAUGUUUUGUUUCUUUUCAUUUUAUUAAGAUGGAUGCUGCUGAGCUUUGGAUUAGCCUUGUUAUGGUUUGGAUUUCUUCAGACUAAGUUUGGAAGUAUACAGAUUUAUUAGAAAGGCUGAAGAUUCUGGGAUAAAAUUUAAGUGUUUUGUUUGUUUUGUUGUUGUUUUUCCCUUUCAAACAGUGUUAAAUAUAUGCUAGAUGGUUAAUAUUUUUUUCAGCCUAAAAAUUAUAUUAAAUAUGUGAUCAUAAAUGUUUUAAACUACCUGAAGAGAAAUUUGUAUAUUUGGGAAACGAAUAUAAUUUUUACAUAGCUUUUGUAUGCAGAUAUUAAUAUGCAAUUAUGACUAUAGUGAGCAUAGAUUAUUAUGUAAGCUUGAAUUCUAAAAACAAACAUCUUAC